AUGGCUGGAAGGCCACGGCCACGGCCGCGCGCCAAGCGGCAUGCGGGCGCGGCGGAUUCGUGUAGCUUGCACAGCGUCGAUGAGGACGCGUUCUUCUUUGCAGCGGCGCGCAAGCCGUUGCACGCUGCGCAGGAGGAGGCGGAACCACACACAGCGCCGCUUUACAGCCCGCGUAAAAAGCCGCGCGCCGCGCUGCCGGAGUGGACUGCUGCGCCCCCAACGCCGCCCACGCCCGAGCGUGUGGCAUUUGAUCGGGAGCGCAGUGUAAGUGUGACGCCGCCGCCCGACCUGGACGCAGCAUCGCUUGCAUUUGCGCGCAACGCCGUGGAAAAGGUUAUGCAGCGGCAUGCGUCGCGACGCGUCGCAGCGCCAAGUAGCGACGCAGAUGAAGGAGCGCCACAGAGUGAUCUUUCGCUCGAGUUGAAUGCAGACCUUGCGCUGUACUACAAAGGCCCUGAUGCACACAAAAUGCGCUCGCGCGCGCUGUCCAAGGAACGUGCUCGACAGGCAGAACGCCAACAAGAGCCCAUCGCGCUCGACGAGGACGACCAAAGGCAGGUCAUCACGAUCGAUGACUCGUCGGACGAAGAACAAGUUAUGCCGGACCGGCCUUUGCCGCAGGCCGUGCGUGCACCGACGCCGGAGGACGACGACAAACUCGCCCUCACGCUCCGCGCAUCGCAAGGCGAGCCGCUGCGCGUUGUAGUGCGUCCCCGGACUCAAAUCAAGACCAUUGCUGCGCACUUUGCUUUGCACUGCACAUCGAUCGGCCACAGCAGUACAGUCUAUCUUAGCUUCGAAGGCGAGCGGCUGGAUGCGAAUAAAACUGUCCAAGACUACGAGCUGGAAGAGGAGGACCAACUCGAAGUACUUUUGUAG